AUUAUUCUCAUUUCGGGGCGUUGACUGUUUUAUGCUUUAUGAAUACUAUUCAAAAUAUUCAACAGCUUCGUGAAUUUCUAACCGUCUACAACACUCUCAGCGAACGUUGUUUCAACGCCUGCGCUCGUGACUACACCACAUCAACACUCACAAAGGACGAAGGGUCCUGUGUCAGUCAAUGUAUUGACAAGCAGAUGCUAGUGAACCGUCGGUUUAUGCUAGUAUUCGCAGAACAAGCACCAAAAGCACUUUUCAAGCAAGGAGAGCAAUCGCCAACCGAAGCAAUCAAAUCCGCUAAGCCAGAGCCAGCGGUCCCAGCUCCAGAAGCCACUCCUGUUGAAACUACUCCAGUUAUUGAAGAAAAUAAACAAUGAACAUCAUCUCUGAACAUGGUUUCCGUAUUGACGGCCGCCGUCCCGCUCAGAUUCGUAACAUUAACACUCGUCUUGGCUUGAACAGAAAUGCGGAGGGAAGCUGUUAUCUGGAACAUGGUAAUACCAAGGUUCUUUGUGCAGUUUAUGGUCCGUAUGAAGGCAAAUCGUCAAAAAGAAUCGAAGAUAAAUGUGCCAUUGUUUGUCAGUAUAGUGCAACAAAGUUUUCGGGACUUGAAAGAAAAAAUCGUACACGUGGAGAUCGAAAAUCAACUGAAAUCAGCAGACUUCUUGAGAAAGCAUUCGAAUCAGUUAUUCUGACGGAAGCAUUUCCUCGAUCACAACUUGAUAUUUUCUGUGAAGUAAUCCAAGGAGACGGCUCCAACCUGGCCGCCUGUGUCAAUGCAACUUCUUUGGCUCUUGCUGAUGCAGGAAUCCCAAUGAAAGGCAUCGCAUCUGCAGCGACGUGUGGUGUUGUCGAUGGAAAACCAAUUGUUGAUCUUACUUCUAGAGAAGAAACUGAUCUCCUUCCCAGAGUUACUCUCGCCACAAUCUGCGGUCGUGACGAAGUGAUUCUCGUGGAACUUCAAAAUCGUCUUCACAUUGAUCAUCUUUCCACAGUCAUGGAUGCAGCGAAAGCCACGUGUGCUGACGUGUACGAAUGUCUCGCAGUAGUUGCUCAGCAACAUCUGAAAGCUUGUGCUCCGAUUCUAGGCAAUUAGCUGUUCUUUUUUUCUUAUUCAUUGUUGUUUUGAGUUGUUAUUCCUUUUUUUUUAAACCCAUUUUUUGCAGUCGAUAAAUCAGUUUUUUC